AUCUCGGUCCGUAUGAACGCUUCAGUCUUAGCUGCUGAAAUCAAACGCAAACUUUGACUCUGUUUAUAACUUUAGAAAAAUAAAUAAUCCAAGUGAAGAAAUAAAUUUUGACUUAUCAAUUAAUGUAGUGUGCGGUUGACACUUUAACUGAGCUAGUAGUAAAUGUUGAUUAGUUACAUUGGAAGAGAAUUAAAGACAAUGUUUUUAUUAAUGUUCAGUGCUUUACUUAUUGCCAGCGGAGGGGGCGCACAAGUCAGUGACGGUGAAAAUUGUGAUGCUGGAGAACUGAAGGUUUGCGUCGACCUGAUCCCGAAGACUCCAGUAGGCUUGCCCCGGACCAAAGAAGAAUUAGACUUGCAUUGCUCUGCCUACCAGACAGGGAUGGUAUGCAUGGACGCGUGGAUCAAGCGGUGUCUCCCCACGGACGGACAAAAAUUGGUGCAACAGCAGAUAGGGGGCGCUCGGGCGCUGAUGCGGUUCCUAUGCACUAAUGAGACUGCACUUAGAAGAGAGUUCCUUAAAGAGCCUCAGUGCUGGGCGCGCGUAUCCCCUGACUGGACGCGGUGUGUGGACGAGCUGCAGGGCGCGGUGAGGGACAUCAGCGACCGCGCGCAGCAGCAGCUCGGCUACUUCAACAGGAACGCAGAGAUGUGCUGCGCUAGAGACGCGUUCCUAAUGUGUGUGUCACACGCGGGGCGGUCGUGCUCUACUUCUGCCAGCAACCUGCUGAAGAGGAUGGCGUUCGUGCUGGCUCAGGAUGUGGCGGCGUGCGGCCAACAGCCACGCGCGUACUGCUCGGCGCCGCCGCCGCCGCUCACCGCCCCGCUCCUCACCGCUCUCUACGGAGUCAUAUUCUACCCGCCUAGGUUGUAAAAUUGUAGUCAUUUUAGUUAUAAGAUAAGUGUUUAGUAUGCUUGAAAAUGUUUGCACUAAAAAAUGUAACGAGAAUUCAUGUAAUUUUUAAUGUUACGAAUAUAAUACUAAUUGAUUGUACUACAUAUUUACUUGACGUGUUCACUUGAAAUUCGUGUAAAAUUUACAUGAAGGCAAUCAGUAAAUUAAUAGAAAAGAAAAUAAUGAAAUUUCAUAAACUUUUGCUACUUAAGUAUUUAUACGUACAAAAUUAUUUUAUUUUAACUAAAUAUUUAUCUUUAAAAAAAAACUAAAUUUAAAUUUAGACAUAGGAAAGAAAUUUACGGAGAAAUUAAGAAGAUGAACAGUUAUAAUGGUCCGUCCAGUCGAGUUGGCUUAUAAAUUUUACCUGUAUAAUAUCUUACAACAAGGGUAAAAAUGCUUCUAUGUCUAAAAACAUGUAAAAUUUAAUUAGGGUUAAUGAAGGUUUCCAAGGUGAAAGCAUGUAAAAUAGAAAAUCUACUUAUUUCGGUUAUAGAAAGAGAUUCCUUUCGGAAAAUUUCCAUAGGUACAUGCCUAGGUAGUUAAUUGUAUAUGACAGUUUUCAUUUCAAAUACAGUGUCCUGACGCGAGUUUAACAUUUUUUACCCAUAACAAAAAGUGCACAACGCCGCUUAAGAAAACUUUACCUAUAUAUUCUACCUACAACAUGUACUUACAUAGGUAUACAUUAUUAUACGAAGAGAUAAAAUGCAUGGCGAGAAAAAAAUGUGCCGAUUGAUCUUCUUGUAAAUAAAUAAACAAGGAAUUCCACUUACCCUAAUUGUCUUCUAUUACUAGACUAGAUAUUAGGGAGUAACAAAGAGUAAAGAGAAAUCCUUAAUACCUUUUCGUAGGUAUUAAGAAUUUCUUAAAUACCAUUGAAUAUAUAAUAUUUAGAAAAUUUAGGAUAAUAAUCCAAUACCAUUGUAUACAACUAUAUUGUUCGUGUUUGUAUAGUAUGGUUGGUUGCAUAAAAUUCGUCUUUUUCUAUUAUGUUUUUCAAAAAUUGGAAACAUACUUUUUUAGCACAGUAAAAACUAAAGUGUUGCAACAGUCAACCUCGACGUCAACUUUUAAUCUCUGCUGAAAAACGCAAAAUACGCCAUUUUAUCUAAACAACAUGAACAGAAUACAUGUUGAAUUAUUCGCUUUAUUGGUAAAAUUAAAUAUAGUUAUAACUUAAAUAUGUAUAUAUAAAUGCAUUUAUUCCAUGGUGCACAAUAUAUAUAAUUUAAAUAUAAGAAAAUCAAUUUUCAUUUAGAUAUACAUACAUAGUAUGUUUCAAUAACUAGUAAAUACAGGAAAUUACAGAUUUUAAUAUUUAAGUACCUAA